ACGAAGGAGUUCGAUAAAAAAUGUAUAACGUCGAAGAAGGAGACAAAUCAGAAACAAGCGGACGAUGAAAGAGGAAUGGGAAACAGAAAACGUGAAAGUGAAUAUUAAUUAAUUCUUCUAUUGUUUUUUUAUUUAUUUCUAUUAUAGAUAUAUUAGAAAUAAAAAUUACAAGUCUCUUCCCAACAACAAGAAAUUAUAUAUUCAAUAUCAAAAUAUCAAGAUAAGAAAAAAGAAAAAAGGAGUGAAGUAAAAGAAACAAAGAUAUGGGAAAGAAGUGAUAACAAAAAGAAUAUAGAAUAAAACUUCACAAACAAGGAUAUUUUGAGAGGAUCUAGGUAUACUAGAACGAGGACAAAGAGAAAAUAAACGAAGAUAACGAAAAAAUUAUAGUUAAUAAUAGUUAAUAAUUUUAUACUUCAUUCACUCCAAUUUUUGCUGACAGCAUCAUAAUUAUGCGCACCGACAAGUUCUUAGAAGAAGAAAUUUGAAUGUCUAUUAAGGGAAGAUUAUGGGAUCUCUAAGGUCUUCCCUUCGAAAAGUCAGCAUUCGUUCCACAAUGUUCCUGGUAUAUCUUUUUGUUGGAGCUGGAAUUUUUUUAGGAUUGGAAAGAGAAGCAAGUAUUACCAAAUUAAAGAAACAUAAAACCGAGUUUGAAAGUGAUUCAAAGAAGUUCAGAGAGUCCUAUAAUAUUAGCGAGGAAAAAUUUAAUGUCAUGGUAGGAAAGAUUUUGCAUGCGUUUGAAGAAGGGGUAUUUUCAUCUGAUGACACCUUCUCAUGGAGUUUUGCGAGUGCUUUCUUUUUCUGUGGAAAUGUCAUCACAACGAUUGGUUACGGCACAAUUGUCCCUAAAACGCCAUACGGGCGUAUUGUUAUGAUGUUUUACGCCUUUUUCGGUAUACCGCUGACUGGUUUCUUCUUACGAACAGUUGGAAACGAACUCACCAGUCUUAUAGCUUAUCUUGUAAAGUAUUAUGAAAGACGUUUGCUUAACAGAGAAGCUGAGAAAUUGGAGAUGAAAUGUGCUCUCAUAGCGAGUGUGCUAGCUCUCUUUAUGCUGUUCCUAGGAGCAGGGAUAUUUACAUCUUCAGAAACGCAAUGGGACUAUCUGGGCGGUUUUUAUUUUUGUUUUGUCACCUUGACUACGAUUGGAUUUGGAGAUUUAGUUCCUGGUCAAGUAACGCAAGUGGGAAAUGUGGCGGAGAGAUUGGGCGUUGAAAUGGCGAGUCUUAUAUAUUAUGUACUCGGUCUUUCAAUAAUGUCGGGCGUUAUAGUCUCAAUAAGUGGCGUCAUCGAAGAAAAAACGAAAAAAUUAGACGUGACGGAUCCUAUGGAUGCCAUUCGAAACUUACGUAUAGAAAAUUUAAACUCAAAAGCUAUGAAAAAAUUAGGCUAUAAGGUUGAUGAAGGCGUAAUGUUGCCGCCUACCCUCAAGGAAGGGCGCAUGAUGAGAAGAGGUACUAUAAUACCAGACACAGAUCAACCGAAGAGAAGAGUAGGGAGAUUAGCUACCGAUCAUUUAAAUUUACCAAACGGAAAUAGCAGUCAAGAAAAAAUUCAAAAUGGCGGCACACAUUUAAGGCCGCCAAGUGAUGUUCAAAAUUCAGUAAAGCAAGUUUCAGUUGAUGUAAGUCCAACACCUUCAUUAUGCACAAGUCCAACAUUGCCACCCCGCAAAGAUAACCCGAGCACCGGCACAUUAAGAGCGGGUGAAAAUGUCCUGAGUAACCCCAACAGAAUAGAUGAGGACGAAAACAGUGGCAAGAAAAGUGCAGAACCUGUGAUCCGAAUAUAUUCCGUUGACGAAUCCGAAUUCAUCGAAUUAAAAGACAAUGAGAGUGAUAAAGUUAUUAUAAAUAAAAACCCUAACAAUGACGGCGUGAAAAACACCGAAAAUGCGAAAAAUGAGUCAAUAAAUGACAGUAAAACAAUAAACCGCCCUAAAAGAACUAAGUCAGAUCCAUACUUAAGGCGCAAACCAGAGUUAGAGGGGAGCAUGCACAAACAGAAAAAUAAUAAGUUCUUACAAUUCCACAAUGUGGACUUUUCAUCUAAAGACUUUUAUCACAAAAUUCAAUAUAGUUACAACAAUAAUAAUAAAAAUAAAAAUAAUAAUGCCUUGAAGAAGACCAGUACUCGUAAGCCAGACAUUCGUCACUCCAGUAAGGCCACUCAACAUGUGUUUAAAGACGAUAAGUCACGGAACAGCAGUACGCCAAAUUCUUCAAAGAGAAGUAACACGAUAGGUAACUCGACGAAGAGACAUAGUCAGCGCUUAGGGCUACCGGCAGAGUUAUUUGCAAACCACGUGUCUGUAUCGUUAAACACACCGGAUAAUUAUACGGAACUAAAAGUACCGGACCUUCAUAGUUUUUAUGAGAUACCACAGACUUCUCCUUCGAUACAAAACGGUUAUUCCAAUCCAUUCUAUCAGCAUGAUGAUACUCCACCGCAUACAGCAAGUUCUUUAGACGUAGAUGAAACGAGAAUGAAGAGUUCUUCUUGGCGAAGGAGAUCAAGCACGGGCGGUUUUUCAACCUGUUAGUGCGUAUUACUUAAAUGUGAUUGGUGGCUUUGCUAAUUAUUCGAAAUUGUUUCUUUGUUUUUGUGUGUAUAAUUAAUGUAGUCUUAAAACAUUUAGUUUUAAAUGGGAUCGUUUAACGAGUGAUUUAUACUUUUUAAAAUACACGUUUUUAUAUGGAGAACAUAUGACAAACAAAAUGUAAAACCCCCGUCCUCGUCGUACAUCUUAACCCUGAUCUAUCUUCGUGAUCUUUUCACGACUUUUGCCCUCUUUUUAUGAACUUCUAACAACAUCCGCCCUUUCAGUAUGAUAUUUUCACACAUCCUACUGUCUUCUUAUUAUCUUUUAACUGCCCUCUUCGUGUGAACCUAUCGCAUCUCCAACCCUCUUGAUCUGUUAACAAUUUCUUUAUGACCUUCUUCAGCUUCUCCAGCGGAGGGUGGGAGUUGUCCCGCCCUCCGUUGGUAAUCUCUUUUUAUACAAUAUCAAACAGCAAUACAAAUUAUUUCACCUUACGAUCAGUUUUCUCGAACUAACAUUUUUUUAGAAUUGUAUUUUCGACGCCUUUUUACAAUCACCACAGAAUUACCCACACUAACACAACCUCCUUCCCAGAGCAUUUUUUAAUAAAUUUUAUAGCGGCGGACAAAACCUUUAAAGAGUAAAAAUCAUAGGUAUAUUGAUAACGAUUCAUUUUUCGAUUUUUCGGCAAAAAGUGACUAGUUUAACUUUGGGUUUUACUUUUAAAAAUUAGUCACUACAAAACGAAGUCGUUAAAAUGGUACAUCCAAUUGCUUGUCUCCAGUUUUUUUGUUUUUCAUUUUCUUUUUGGAUGUUUAAUUUUUUUUUAUUAUUAUUUUUUUUGGCAAAUUUGGUCACAAUCUUUUUCUUUUUUUUUCGUUUUUUUAAAUUUCAUUCAAUUUUCUUUUUCCGAAGUUGAUUUCCUUUCUAAAAUGUUAACAAAACAUUUUCCAAGGCAACGUACGCACAAAUUUUAAUUUUAAAAUAACAAAAUGGCGCCUCGUACAAACGAGGCGAGAAAAAUUAACUUAACAUGACCGCGUGAGCCUAUUUUAAUAAAGGCCCCUCCUUCAGGGUGUGUUUUAACAAAAGCCUUCAUAUUCCCAACACAGUGUAAAUUCGGGGGGAUGUGUUUUCUUGUAGAUAGAAUAUUAUUCUAAGCCAAUGUUAAUAGUUGUAAAAUAUAAUGCUUGACGAGAUAUUUUUCUUAGCUAAAAUAAAUUAUAGUGACAUACGUUUUUAAAA